AUGACACAUCGAAUUGUCAACAAAAAAUUCUAGGUUACGUGAUAUCAAUUCCUCAAAUAUUAUAGUUUUAAGGCAAAGUAGUAUGUAAAAACAAUAAAAAUAUCCAAAAAUGUCUUUAUUACGUCGUACUCAGCGGUUACUGAACCUACCCAAUAAAUAUGUGUCCAGAAAUUGUCGAUGUUUAUCAGACAGUACUCAACCAACUUCAAGACGUGAUAAAAUAAAACAGGGGCCUGGACUAAAGGAUUUUAUUAUUGGAGACUCUGAGCCCGUUCUUCUAGAUAGGCCCCAUAUUCCGUAUUUACCAGAUAAUGUAUCGUUUGCUUCGAAUCGUAAGGUUUAUUUCGAUGUGUACGGAUGUCAAAUGAACUUGAACGACACGGAGAUUGUGUGGUCUAUUUUGAAGAAAGAAGGUUUUGAGAAGACGGAAAUUGAGGAGGAAGCUGAUAUAUUCCUGGUGAUGACGUGUGCGAUCAGGGAAGGGGCUGAGAGUAAGAUAUGGCACCGUUUGGACCACCUGAGAGGGUUCAAAAGGCGACGGGCUCAGAAGAACAAGGAAAGGCCGGUUAAAAUUGGUUUACUGGGUUGUAUGGCUGAGCGUCUAAAGACCAAACUUAUCGAAAAAGAAAAGGCUGUUGAUGUUGUGGCCGGGCCAGAUAGCUACAGAGACUUACCGCGUUUGUUAGCUCUAACACAAAGCGGACAGACUGCUGUCAAUGUGUUGCUGUCUUUAGACGAGACAUAUGCUGACGUGAUGCCAGUGAGACUUAACCAGGACAGUGUCUCUGCUUUCAUCUCGAUAAUGCGUGGCUGCGACAACAUGUGUACAUACUGCAUAGUCCCGUUCACCCGCGGCCGGGAACGUUCCCGACCGCUGCGUUCCAUAGUCGACGAGGCACGGUUACUCGCCGACCGCGGCGUGAAGGAGGUCACGCUGUUAGGGCAGAAUGUGAACAGCUAUAGAGACCACAGGGGGCAACCGGACGAUGGGGAGAGAAUAGACACACAGCUGGCAAAAGGGUUCAAAACGGUGUACAAGCCUAAGAAAGGCGGGCUUCGCUUCGCGGACCUGCUAGAUCAGGUGUCGGCCGCCGUCCCCGACAUGCGGGUUAGGUUCACCGCCGCACAUCCCAAGGACUUUCCUGACGAGGUGUUGCAAGUGAUCAACGAGCGUCCAAACAUCUGCAAGUUACUCCACUUGCCGGCGCAGUCGGGUUCCACCGCCGUUUUAGAAAGAAUGCGGCGAGGGUAUACGAGAGAAGCAUAUUUGCAACUUGUUGAUCACGUCAAAAGUACUAUCCCUGGAGUGGGCCUGUCCACCGACAUGAUCUGCGGAUUCUGUGGGGAGACUGACGAGGAGUUCGAAGAAACCAUGACGCUGAUGCAGCAGGUCGACUAUAAUAUCGCCUUUCUGUUCCCCUACAGUAUGAGGGAGAAAACAGCCGCCCACCGCCGCUACAAAGACGAUGUGCCAGACGCCAUCAACAAACUCCGCCACAACCGAAUGAUCCAACUCUACCGCGCCAAGAGCCAAGCCCUCAACCAAUCAGAGAUCGGCAACACACACCUAGUCCUUAUUGAGGGGACCGUCCCCAAAACGGGACAGUUGUUAGGGCGAAAUGAGUUCUACAUGAAGGUUGUCUUCGAUCAAUGUGAGAUCGAGAGUGAAGGGGGGAAAGUGGGGAUGAACCCGGGUGAUUUUGUGGCGGUGAGGAUAACGGGGGCGAAGUCUUCGGUGUUGACAGGGGUUCCCAUGUAUCAUAGUAGUGUUAGGGAGUUUUACAGAGAUGUUAGUUGGGGGGACAGACAUGUUCUUAGGGUAUAAGUAGUGUAAAUAGAUUGGUAAUAAAUAUUAUCUAAAGAUAA